AUGCUGCAGAAGGCCUUGGCCGGAGUACCGGAGUUCGCACGGCCGGUCCGAAAGGCGAAGAUCAACGGCAGCGGCCCGGGCUCGGACGUGUGGCAGGCGACACAGGCGGCUGAUGAUGGGAAGCUCCUCACGUCUCCACAUCCAGAGGAGGGCGUCUUCACUGUCUUCCAGAUGCUCGACCGCUCCUUCAAGCGGUAUGCCACGAGCAGGGCGCAGGGCAUCAGACCUCUGCUGUCCUGGAAGAAGGAGGAGGGAUAUCGAUUUCCUGCAAAGGUGUUCGGUCCGACUCAGUGGAGGACCUACGCAGAGAUGGGCAAGCUUUGCAAGGAGUUCGGAGCUGGGCUCAGAGCGCUUGGCUUGGAGCCGCAGCCUGAAGGUGACUUCGACAGCAUGACUGGGAAGUUCAAGAUUCUCAUGUACGAGGACACCUGUGCAGACUGGCAGAUCUGCGCGUAUGGAGCGCUGACGCAGAACCUAGUAGUUGCCACCUGUUACGCCACCCUCGGAACUGAUGCGGUCGUCCACGCAGUUAACGAAGGCGCAGUUACUGCCUUGGUCUGCAACCGAAAAGCUGCCGAGGGUCUCGUGAAGAUGGCCUCCGAGAUGCCUUCGCUGGAGGUCAUCAUCUAUCUGGACAGCCUAUGCACGCCGGAUGAGUGCAAACACCGCCUGACAGCUGCGGGCAGCGUGAAAUUACUGUCACUGAACGAUGUCUUCGACUUGGGCAAGGCCAACCCCGUGGAGCCUAGCCCUCCGAAGCCGGAGUCCGUGGCGGUCUUGAUGUACACCAGCGGCUCGACAGGGACGCCCAAGGGUGUGGUGCUGCGACACUCGCAGCUUGUUGCCUUUGUUGGAUCUUGCUACAUCCAGUUCGGCGCCUUGAUCCACGAAGGUGGCGAGAUGUUCAUCGGCUAUCUGCCCUUGGCCCACAUUUUGGCGGUCGCUGCAGAGCUGUACUUCUAUUCGACGGGGAACUGCGUGGGCUACGCCGAUGCCAAGUCCCUGCUUGCGGGUCCCGAGAGGUGCUACCCGCUGGGCGGCCUGCAGGAGUUCAAGCCAACGCUGAUGGCCGGCGUACCCAAGGUUUGGGAGACGAUAAAAAAAGGUGCUGAGGUGAAGGUUGAGAAAAGCGGACCUGUGGUGUCCUUCCUUUUCAAGUUGGCCAUGAAGGUGAAAAAAGUAGCGGUCCGUCAGAACCGGUACACUCCUUUGUUCGACCUUCUGGUCUUCAAGAAGUUUAAGUCCAUGCUUGGCGGAAGCAUGAAGUUUACGCUCUCUGGCGGCGGCGCCAUCUCCGGAGAAGUCCAGGAGUGGGUCCGGGCGGCUUUCUCUUGCCCUCUGGUGCAGGGUUACGGGCUCACCGAGACCUGCGGGGGCGCCACGAUCCAGAGCCCCUUGGAUCCCAGCAUCGGGGCCGUGGGCACACCCUUGGCCUCCAUCGAGGUUACUCUGCAUUCCGAGCCAGAGCUCAGCGACUCCGCGGGCAAGCCUUACCUCUGCACGGAUCAGGACCACUUCGGGGAUCCUUGCCGUGGCCGUGGCGAAGUCUGGAUCAAAGGCUUGUCCGUCGGAUCUGGUUACUACAAGCUUCCGGACAAGACUGCAGAGGACUUUGACAAGGACGGCUGGUUCCACACCGGCGACAUUGGACUCAUAACCCCAGAAGGCCAGGUCAAGAUCAUUGACCGAAAGAAGAACCUUGUCAAGCUCAAGGGCGGCGAGUACGUCGCACUUGAGAUGAUCAACGUGACCUACAACAAUGCAGAUAUCAUCAACGCCGACGCCGGAGGUGUUUGCUGCUUCGCAAGCCAUGAAAUCGAUCGGCCGGUACUGCUGGCUCAAUGCAAACGGAAAGAGCUGGUUGAGCUUGCAGCCAAAAAUGGAGUCACUGGAAAAGAUGGCGAAGAGCUCUGCAGAGAUCCCAAGGUGAUGGCUGCAGUGAAGGCCGCUCUAGACGUGGUUGCGAAGGCGGGAAAGCUCCCUUCCCUGAUGCAAGCCACCGCUGUCAUGCCCGUGUUGGAGCCAUGGACGCCAGACAACGGCUGCCUCACAGCGACUUCGAAGCUUGUGCCAAAGACAAUCUACAAAGUCCACGAGAAGGACCUCGACAUUUUGAAGCCGAUGGCCAUGAAAGGAUAG